CUCAUGGUGGCAAGCCCGCUAGUGACGCCAUAGGACCGCGACGGCCCUUGUGCCCAGGGAAGUGGAUGGGGGCUGCGGCCCGGACGACGAAGGGCUCCUUCAGCUGCUGCUCCUCAUCCUCCUCCUUCUCUAAGGAAAGCCCUCCUCGUGGACUGAUUUUUAGGCCAGGCUGAGGCAUCGUUGGGCCCAUCCUUGGUACGAUGUCUUCUGGACUCCGGGCAGCGAGCUUCCCCGCCUGGAAGCGGCACAUCCUGGAUGAACUGAGGCGACGGGACCGGCUGCAGAGACAGGCUUUUGAAGAAAUCAUAUUACAGUAUAACAAGCUUUUAGAGAAGUCAGAUUUCCAUACAGUGUUGGCUGACAAGCUGCAAGUGGAAAAGUAUGAUUUGCCAGGUCGGCAUGAGAUCAGUCCAGGACAUGAUGGGGCAAGGAAUGAUGUUCAUUUGCAAGAAAUAGCCCAGCUAAGAAUUAAACAUCAAGAAGAGCUGACAGAGCUGCACAAGAAACGUGGCGAGCUUGCCCAGUCUGUUAUUGACUUGAACAACCAAAUACAACAGAAGGACAAAGAGAUGCAAAUAAACAAUGCAAAGAUUGCAGAAUAUUUGCAAAAGAUAGCUGAAUUGGAGACAGAAUGCCAAGAUCUGCGUAACAAGCUACAAGAUCUUGAGCGAGCCAAUCAGACUCUUAAGGAUGAAUAUGAUGCUCUCCAGAUUACCUUUACUGCUCUUGAGGAAAAGCUAAGAAAAACUACUGAAGAUAACCAAGAGCUGGUAACCCGAUGGAUGGCAGAGAAGGCUCAGGAAGCUAAUCGGCUCAAUGCAGAAAAUGAGAAAGAUUCAAGAAGACGGCAAGCCAGGCUUCAGAAAGAGCUGGCAGAAGCUGCAAAAGAGCCACUACCAGUUGAACAGGAUGAUGAUAUUGAAGUGCUUGCAGAUGAAACCUCUGAUCCAGCUGAGGAGACCUCUCCAGUGCGUGCUGUUACACGGACAUCCAGUAAGCGACUAUCCCAGCCAGCUGGAGGCCUUCUGGACUCUAUCACUAAUAUCUUUGGUCUGUCUGAGUCUCCCCUUUUGGGACAUCACUCUUCUGAUACUGCAAGGAGGCGCUCUUUGACAUCAUGUCCUGCCCCUCAAGAUACUGUGGAUGUACAUCAAGGUGUAGGCAAAGAGGUGCGAGUCCCGAACACUGCGGUGUGUGUCUUUGAUGCUCAUGAUGGAGAGGUGAAUGCAGUGCAAUUCAGCCCUGGUUCUAGGUUAUUGGCAACAGGUGGCCUAGACCGGAGAGUCAAGCUCUGGGAAGUCUGUGGAGACAACUGUGAACUCAAGGGCUCCCUAUCUGGUAGUAAUGCAGGGAUUACAAGCAUAGAAUUCGACAGUGCUGGUUCUUAUUUAUUAGCAGCUUCAAAUGAUUUUGCCAGUAGGAUCUGGACUGUAGAUGAUCAUCGGUUACGGCACACGCUCACAGGGCAUAGUGGAAAAGUCUUGUCAGCGAAAUUCCUAUUGGACAAUGCACGCAUUGUGUCUGGGAGUCAUGACAGAACCCUCAAGCUGUGGGACCUGCGCAGCAAAGUCUGUAUAAAGACUGUGUUUGCAGGCUCCAGCUGUAAUGAUCUUGUCUGCACAGAACAAUGUGUUAUGAGCGGACACUUUGACAAGAAAAUUCGGUUUUGGGAUAUUAGAACUGAGUGUGUGGUACGGGAAAUUGAAUUGCUUGGCAGGAUUACAGCUCUAGAUCUCAACCCAGAGAGAACAGAGCUCCUCACCUGUUCUCGAGAUGAUCUGUUAAAGAUUAUUGAUCUCAGGGUCAAUACUGUUAAACAGACUUUCAGUGCCCAAGGGUUUAAAUGUGGGUCUGAUUGGACCAGAGUUGUAUUCAGUCCUGAUGGAAAUUAUGUGGUAGCUGGCUCAGCAGAAGGAUCACUCUAUAUUUGGAAUGUGCUCACAGGAAAGGUGGAAAGAGUCCUGUCCAAGCAUCACAGUAAUUCAAUCAAUGCUGUGGCGUGGUCACCAUCUGGAGCCCAUGUGGUUAGUGUGGACAAAGGAAACAAGGCUGUGCUGUGGUCUGAAUUUUGACUUGAAAGUGCAAAAACUGGCAUGCCAAAAAUCUGCACAAGAGAGCAGUAGUCUUUGUCUGGACAGGAGAAAAGUUCCAUAUCUAGUUCCAGCCAUGGUCUUUUGCUGAGUGCUUAAGCUCAUCCCCAGGAAAGGACUCCUGAUACAUUGACCAAGGAAGAGAAGCCCAUCCCAUUUGAAGUACAUUGCUGGCAUUCAACUUUGUUAAGGAUUGGCUGCAUAUGGUGGAGAUCCAGUUGUUUUUAACAAGUGCCAUCUAUGUGUUCGGACAAGUUCCCUCACCAGAAAGCAGUGCCAAACAGUCCUAAAAUUAUUCCUAUCACACUUCAAGCUUAAAUGCUAUAGCAAAGUUCCUAUAUGUCCUGAGUUUUAUGCAUGUGCUAUCUUCUGUGGGCUAGCUAUGAUGCGAGGUUGAAGGAUAAUGAAACAUAGUGAGAAACAAGUCGGUUAAUUUGGCAGUUGUGUUGAUGGAGCCACUAGUGUUUACUGACUCACAGCUCCUUCUAUCUGGUUCAUUCCCAAUAGGGGAAACUUUUCAGGCACAUUGCAUCCUCCAAAAACUUUCUACCACAUUUGGAUGGAAAGUGGUAAUGGAAGUAUUUUAAUUUGACCCAGUUUCUUUUGGGCUUCAGUUGUGGGAUAAAGAGAGAAGUCGGUUGCUGUGAUGAAGAAUGUAUUCUCUAGCGUGACUUCAGCACAAAAACCAAAUACCUGGUUUCUUCUGCUGCCCAGCCAUCCUUCUGUACUGCAACUUCUCAUGCACAGAGGAAUGAGGGGAAAACAGAGGCCUGAAUGUAAAUGUCCUCAUGCUGGCAAAUCCAGAUCACUUGCCUCUGACUCAAUGUGCAAUAUUCUUCCUGGUUGGCAUUCUCCCUUUGCCAUGGAGCAGAUUUGUCAGUCUGUGACCCUUGGCAUUUAAAUGCACAACAUGAUUUGGGGAAAAUUGGGCAGUGAACGUUCUGCGGAAAACUUUUCCCCACAUCUAGUGAGCUGUGAGACAAGCCACCAGCAUUUAAUUGCCUUUUAAUUUGCACUUUAAUUUUGGUUCCUUCCUAAGCUUGUUUUGUAGGGAAGUGUUUAUAUUGAAGGGGAGAGGUAAGCAGGAAUUAUUUGUAUCUAAGGUUCUUAGCAAGAAACCUCUUCAUUUUAACAAUUUCUGCUGAGGAAAAUGGGAAGUACACAGAAACAAAUCUUAUUUAUUGUAUUAAUCCGCCCACUAGUACUUCACUGAUUAUAAAUAAACCUGUGUCCUGCUUCUAAAAAA